AUUUACUAAAGUUACCAAAGAGUAUCUAAAUUACAAAUUAAUUUAGUAAGUAAGUAAUCAUAUCAAAAUUAAUAAAUGAGAAGAAGAGAUGGAGUUGGUCAUUCAUCACUCCCUUCAAGCCCAACAAGCUUUCAAAGAAGGAAUUCAAUUAGCAAUUAGAAUUUAUAGGAUGAAAGUAAUUAACAUUAGGACCAGCAAUCAGAGAAAGAAAACAGAAACGAUUCUCAAGAAUUAGAAAAAUACUGCAACGAUUACACUAUUUCACAAAAUCAUAAUAUUAAACCUUAGAAAAAAGUAAAAAAUUUAUCAUAAUUAAAGACCCAUAGAUAUCCUAGUCCUUCAGCAAUAGGAGGAAAUGGUCAUAAUAGUAGUGUUAGUUACAACUAAUAAGUUUCAACUCCUAUUAAUAUGAAUAGAAUAGCAGGAACUAGCUUUUUUGAUAGCAGGAAUCAUAGAAUGGAAUUAAAUAAUGCAUAUAAAUUAAUUGAUAUUCUAAAAAGGGAAAAUAAUUAAAUUAAGUCAAAGCAGAAUUAAGAUACUUUUUUGAUUGACCAAGUAGGAAACUUAAAAACAGAUAUUUUAAUGAAACAAAAGGAGAUAGAAUAACUAAAAAUCGAAAAUAAAACACUUAAGAAGAUAAAACGCAAAUAAGAAAGUGCUCUUGGUAAUCACAGCGAAGAAAAUAAGAUAAAUCUAAAGAUACAAUAAUAUCAAAAUUAAAUCUUAGAGCUAACUUCAGCUCUAAAAAAUGAAAAAAGUAAAAACCUAUAAAUAGAGAGAAAUGCUAAGAAGUAGCAUGCUUUUAUGACAGACAUUUAUAAUGAAUAUAGAUUCAUAUGCUAAUAAUAGAAUCUUCAACCUAAAAUUAAAUUUGAAAAAUACAAUUAAAUGAUUGAAAAUAACUCUAUUUGCAAUAAUGAUUAAAAUGAUGUAGAUCAAGAAGAUGAACUUUCAUAGUAGCAAAAUUCUUAAAGAUUGUUUCCUGAUUCAAUAACUUCUCUAUAGCACUAAAAACAAAUAUCUGAUAUAAUUAGCAUGCCAUUCACACAAUAGAAUUUCAUGAAACUAAAAGAGAUGGCUUUGCAGUAUAUAAAAUAAUUAGAAGAAAUUGAUUAGUAACAAAAAAGGGAAAACUAAAGAUAAUAGAAAAUGAUUAUGCAGUAAUAGCAAGAGCAAUAAAAAAUGGAUAAUUUUAUAUUGUAGUAAUCUUUAAAUAAACAAAAAAUUAUUGAAAAUAAUAGAUAUGAAAAUCAUUCCUCAGAUGAUAGUUAGUAAAGCUAAAGAAUUUCAAAUAAUAUUUCAUCAUCAAAGCACUCAUAAUAGUAAUAAUAGAAAGAAACUCACAGUUAUAAUCAUAUUCCUUCUUCUUCAAGGUAAAGUAAUAGAGUUAAUAGAAAAAGCAUUGAAAUAAUUAGUGAAGAGGAUUUUGAAAGUUCUCAAAAGGGAUUAGAUAGCAAUAAAAAAAAAACAUAUAGUCCAGAUGAUAUUGCUAAAAAGAUAGAGUCUGAUCAUUGCAAUAGAAUCACUAAUUUUAGGAAACAAGAAAUAAUUGGGUUUUAAAGCGAUGAUUAUUAAACAAAUGAAGAAAAAGCAAAAGCUAAUAAAAAACAAAAUAAUUAAAAUAAAUUAAAUCCACUUUUUACAAAUGAAUACGUUGAAGAUAGUGAUUAAAAUGAUGAAGCUGUUUCACUUUAGGCUUCAAUGGGAAGUUAACUAAUAGUUUGUCUAAAAGAAGCCUUUGUAGGAUAAUCCUAUUUAGAUAUUGAUAGUAGGGAUUUUAACGACAGAGCAAUAUUAAAAAGAAAAUAUAAUCUAAAAAUAGUAUCAAUAACAGUCUAUUUAAAUAAAGAAUUAAGAAUCAUCAAUGGUUUAAGAUGUGAAUAUGCGGAAAGUGAAGAUAUCUUCACUAAGGAGUAGAAAAUAGUGAAAGGAAAAGACAACGUUUUUGGCUCAGAUUCUUCAAGCAAGGUUAAGGUAAAAAUGGAUAAAGAUGAUUACUUAUAAAAUAUUAGUGUUAUAUAUGACAUAAAAGAAAAGUUAAUACGUUAAAUAACAUUUAUUUCUGCUAAAAACCAAAUUUAUGUCACAGGGGAAGUGGAUUAAAGUUAGAAAGAUAAAUAAUAUGAAAAAUAAUAGCUUAAUAUAUCAUAAUAGGAGUAUCCUGUUUGUGUCUUUGGGACACUUAAACCUUAUAGCAAGUAAGGUGAGAAAAAGCAUAGUGACUGCGUUAGUUGUAUUUGUUAUUUAGGAUUUCAGUUAGCUUUGGAAAAUGAAGAUUUAGAAGAUGAUGCUUAAUAAGGAAAUUAAAUGAACAAAAAAGAUUUAAAAUAAAAAAAAUGA